ACUGCAUGUAUUGCCGCCAUUGCAGGUAAGCUGACGCCGUUUUUUGAGGUCCUGGUGUUCCAGGCGUCCAUCCUGACCAUGGUUGCCGUGUCAGCUGACCGGUACCAGGGCGUGUGCCACCCCCUCCGCACGCAGCUGUCCAACAGGCGCCGCCGGGCUCUGCUCUCCAUCGCAGCGGUCUGGGGACUGUCGCUGGCUGCCAGCAGCCCGGUGCUGUCCAUCGCGACCUACACGGAACUAGACAUGAACGGUACGCUGAUCUGCCAGUGCAUCUCCACUGUGGACGCGCCGUGGAAGAACCACUACACCACCAUCAUCACGGUGGGCUUCUUCGUGCUGCCGCUAGUAGCGCUGUCCGUCAUGUACUUCGCCAUCGGCAAGAGGCUGACCCGCCCGCCGGCAGGGGAGACUAACGCACACCUACAGGCCCAGCACCGGUCCCGGCGGCGCGUGGUGUUGAUGGUCGGCACGGUGGUGGCUGUGUUUUUCGUGUGCCUGCUGCCGCACCGGCUGUUCCAGAUGUGGAUCCUGUACGCGCCCGUGGAGCAGAUCGAUGGUCUGGGCCUGCAGGGGUUCGUCAAGCUGACCAUCUUCAUGCGCAUGAUGGUGUACAUCAACUGCUCCCUCAACCCCAUCAUCUACACGCUCUUCUCCAGCCGCUUCCGAGCGGCCUUCUUCAAGUGCUGCUUCAAGUCUUCGGAGAGGUCCGAUUCCUUAGGCCAGGCCUCCCACUCUGAACUGGCACACAGAAACACGAUCAGAGACAGAAACCAUGUUAUCAGGGACAUGAUGUCCGAAGAAGCCGUUCUGAAUUCGUUCCCAACCCUCCCUGCCCGACGUCGCUCCAACGUCACGUCCUCCGUAGCCUUGACUCGUCUGUCGUCAUUUCCGGUUUCCAGCAGUGUCUCCAACGCCGGAUAUGACGAACCCUGCUUUAAACAGGAGUGCCGUGAGAUGUGUGUGUACGUGUGGGAAUCACAUGUCUAACAUGUGGGAGUCACGUGUUUUAUCUGUUUGAAUCACAUGUCUGACAUGUGGGAAUCACGUGUGUGAUAUACAAUUUUGAUGCAUGACAAUCACGUGGAAAAACGUUUCUAACAUGUGUGAAUCACCUGUCUAACAUGUGUUAAUCACGUGUCUAACAUGUGUGAAUCACGUGUCUAACACGUUAUAAUAAAAUGUCUGACAUGUGAAAAUCUUUAAAAUGUCGCUUUUAACCAAGGAGGCUGAAAAGAGUCGAACAUGUGACAAUCACAAGUCUAACAUGUAGGCAUCAAGACGUGUCUCACAUGCGCCUAAUGGGUCGUAAUAAUGUGCCAAAUGUUUUUAAUCAUUUAAUUCCUAACAUGUGAAAAUUUCGUCACUAACAGGUGAGACUCUCUUGUUUAACACGUAGUUAAUAAUCACGUGUCCAGCAUGUGACAAUCACACGUCUGACAAGCAGAACCAAAUGUCUAACAUAUAAAAUGUCAAGUGUCUAAAACAUGCGAAAAUGUCGUGUCUAACAUAUAGCCAACAAUCACAUGUCUAACAUGUGACGAUCACAUGGUGACUUUUACGAAUCAUUAUAAUUCUCAGAGAAUCAAAUGCCUAACGCGUUUAGAUCAAAUACCCUGUUUUACUGCUCUGCCCUACAUAUUAUGCUCCGAGCUUUUAUGUACAUAUUAGAUGAGAAUCCUCUAUGGUAUUUCAAGAUGACGAGUUCAAGUCCACAAUCUAAGGUGGGAACGGUUGAAGAGUUGAGGUAAUUGAUGUGACGCCAUGAUCGUUGUAAAUAGAUAAUGAAACGUACGGUUCUUUGAUAAGUUUGUAAUUGGAACUGUGUACUUUUACAAUGUCAAAAUAAUCAGGAACUGUUGGUGAAAUAUAUGUUUUUGUAGCUGAAUAACCUUCAGAAAAGCCAAGGGCAUGGCAGAGGUUGUUUUUAUAUGUAUCUACUGAUUGUAAUGGCAGCCCUGUGGGCUGCGAGAAAUUUAUGGCAAUAACACAAAAUAUAGAAGCAAAUACAAAUGCAACCAACAACACAAAGUCAAUCUAACUCACAAAGACACACACACACACACACACACACACACA